AUGUGUUUGCCAAUAAAUGCCACCGAGUCCACCACAGUCUCGAACUGCAACUGUUUUACACAGGUCUAUGGUUACAUGAAUGGCGACUAUCAAUGUGACGAUAUCGAGUCCGACUGCGGUAUCACGGCAACGGAACUGACGGCGUGGAACCCAUGGCUUGCAGGCGAUUGCGAUGCAGCCCUUUACGCAAACAUCACUGAUAACGACAGCCGCGCCGUCUGCAUUGGGGUAGGCUCUGAAACGUCUACUACUACUACGACCGCUGCCACGACUGGCUCUGCAACCACUACCACCUCCGCAGCCCCAACUCAAACUGGGGUUGGCCCCACCUGUACGAAUCUCUGGCUUGGAUACGCGUACUGCGUCAAGGGGCCAGCGACAACAAAAACUACAAGCAUAACAAGCGUUGGCCCAACGCAGACCGGAACGGCCGCAAACUGCGACAAGUACCAUAUGGUGGUCGACGGGGACUCAUGUUCGGCCAUUGAGAGCGAGUAUGAUAUUACGUUCGCACAGCUUUAUACGUGGAAUCCGGCGAUUGGGUCGGACUGCAAUGCUCUUGUUAUUGGAUAUGCUGUCUGUGUUGGUGUUUCUUCAUAA